AUGGCUUCCCAGGCCCCCGCGACCAAUGGAGCUGCCUCCAACGACUUCACUGUCAAGGCCGGUCUGGCCCAGAUGUUGAAGGGCGGUGUUAUUAUGGACGUUGUCAAUGCGGAACAGGCCCGCAUUGCUGAAGAGGCCGGUGCCGCCGCUGUCAUGGCCCUUGAGCGUGUUCCUGCCGACAUCCGCGCCGAAGGAGGUGUCUCCCGCAUGUCCGACCCCUCGAUGAUCAAGGAAAUCAUGGAGGCCGUUACGAUCCCAGUCAUGGCCAAGGCCCGUAUUGGACACUUUGUUGAAUGCCAGAUCCUCGAAGCCAUCGGUAUUGACUACAUUGACGAGUCCGAAGUCCUCACCCCCGCCGAUAACGUAUACCACGUCACCAAGCACAACUUCAAGGCUCCCUUCGUUUGCGGCUGCCGCAACCUAGGCGAGGCUCUCCGCCGCAUUUCGGAGGGUGCUGCCAUGAUCCGUACCAAGGGUGAGGCCGGCACCGGAGAUGUUGUUGAGGCCGUCAAGCACAUGCGUACUGUCAACGCUGACAUCGCCCGUGCCCGUGCUAUUCUCCAAUCUUCCGCUGACCCUGAGCCCGAGCUCCGUGCUUAUGCUCGCCAGCUGGAAGCUCCCUACGAGCUUGUCCGCGAGAGUGCCGAGAAAGGCCGUCUUCCCGUUGUCAACUUCGCUGCCGGUGGUGUGGCUACCCCAGCCGAUGCUGCCCUCAUGAUGCAGCUGGGAUGUGACGGUGUCUUUGUCGGCUCUGGUAUUUUCAAGUCUGGUGAUGCGAAGAAGCGCGCCAAGGCCAUCGUACAGGCUGUAACCCACUACAAGGACCCGAAGGUUCUCGCUGAGGUGAGCCAGGGCCUUGGGGAGGCCAUGGUUGGCAUCAACGUCGCACAGAUGCAGGAUGCAGACAAGCUGGCCAAGCGGGGCUGGUAA